AUGAACCUGACGGAGUUUAACCAGUCUGAUCUCUGUGAGCAUUUCUCCUGUCCAGAGAGAUCUGGAUCUUCUGCAGUUUAUAUCUUACUGUACGUGUGUUCAGCUGCUGUGGUUCUUCUAACACUGUGUGGAAAUAUGCUUGUCAUCGUGUCUGUUUUUCACUUCAAGCAGCUUCACACACCAACAAACAUGCUCGUGUUCUCUCUGGCGGUGUCGGAUUUCCUUGUGGGAGCUUUAGUAAUGCCGCCGGUAUUAAUCUGGGCAGUUGAGUCGUGUUGGAUUUUUGAUAAGCGGUACUGCAUCAGUUUUUUUAUGAUUGCUUAUAUUCUAACGAGCCUCUCCAUAUAUAAUAUCGCUCUGAUUGCUGUGGAUCGGUAUCUGGCUCUCUCAAACCCCUUUCUCUACAUGAAUACAAUAUCUAGUAGGACUAUGUGCAUUGUGGUUUUUACCAGCUGGUGUGCUUCUCUUGUGUAUAACAUAUCACUCUGUUAUUUCAAUGGAAGCUUCACAAAUUCUGUCAUGUGUCCUGGAGAAUGUUAUCUUUUUUUAAAUGAGGUUUGGUCUGUAAUUGACCUUGUAAUAACGUUUAUAUUUCCAUGUUCUAUCAUAAUCAUAUUGUAUACUCGAGUGUUUGUGAUUGCUAAGAAACAUGCCACUGCUAUCAGGGAGCUUAAUAAUCACACACGGCCUAAAACACAGAAAAUCACCUCACACUCGAUGAAAUCUGAGAGAAAAGCAGCUAAAGUCCUGGGCAUUUUAGUGUCUGUGUUUCUGAUGUGUUUACUUCCAUAUUUUAUUUACAGUUUAUUAGGUGAUGUUAUUGAACUACAGACAGAAACAUUUCAGAAAGUUUUUAUAGUGCUUUAUCUUAAUUCCACCAUUAAUCCUGUUAUUUAUGCUCUGUUUUACCCGUGGUUUAGGAGAUGCAUUAAAUUAAUUAUAACUCUGCGAAUAUUCCAAACUGACUCUGCAUUAAUCAAUAUUCUUUCAUGAAUGUGUUUUGUACUUGUGAGACAGGAGGAUCACAUCUUUGGA